UAGUGUAGUGUAGAUGGUAAACUCUCUCUCAGUGACUGAGCGCACCUGCGCACUGAAGUCUUUCUCAUUCUGUCUCAGGCUUUCUGAGAGAACUGUUCAGCUUCAGAACCAUGAACCAGACCGCCGGAGUCACGAACCAGUGCCGCAGACGCUCCUCAACCGACAAGGAUCUAGGAGAUGGAGGUUUAGAGAGGAAUUGGAAAGGGAUCGGCAUCUCUCUGCUGGUGAUUCUGGUGGUGCUGUCUCUGAUUAGCCUCUCCAUCUUCUUUCUUUCUAAAGAUGAUGGAAGUAAAGCUCUGAAAUCUCAUCUGACCUUGGACGACCUUUUCCUCAGAGACUUUCAGGUUCAAGCCCCUGAGGUGCAGUGGAUCAGUGCGGUGGAGAUCAUCUAUAAGAGCAGAGAUGGGAACAUAAUGAAAGCAAAUAUCAAGGCCAAUCAGACAGAGCUUCUGAUGAGAAACACUACAUUUGUAACAUUUAAAGCUUCCAAAGUGGCAGUCUCACCAGAUCUCAACUAUGUUCUUCUAACAUAUGAUAUAAAAAAGGUGUAUCAAUACUCCUUUCUGGCAUCUUACCUGAUCUACAAUUUGCAUACAAGAGAAGUGCAUGAGUUGAACCCACCUGAGGUGUCAGAUUCGGUGCUGCAGUUUGCCUCUUGGGGAGUUUGGGGGCAACAGCUGAUUUAUAUCUUUGAAAAUAACAUCUAUUACAAGCCGGAUGUAAAAAGCAGUUCUCUCAGAUUGACAUCAUCAGGACAAGAGGGAUUAGUGUUCAAUGGGAUUCCUGACUGGCUCUACGAGGAGGAGGUGCUGCACUCACCAAUAGCUCAUUGGUGGUCUUCUUCUGGAUCCAGCCUUGCAUUCCUCACCAUCAACGACACUCUCGUACCAAACAUGCUGCUGCCACGCUUUACUGGGGCUUUCUACCCAUGGGGAAUACGCUACCCCUACCCGAAGGUUGGUCAAGUAAACCCUACAGUGAAGCUGAAUGUGGUUACUCUGAAUGGCUCAUCUCCCACUGUUGAGCUUCUGCCUCCUAGUAGUCUGGAAAAAAGUGAGUACUACAUAAGCAUGGUGCGAUGGGUGAACGAGGAACGUGUGACUGUGCGCUGGCUUAACAGAGCUCAAAACACAUCCAUUCUCACACUCUGCUACACACACACCGGAAAGUGUGAACGGAAGCAUGUGAUGACAUCAGACAAGUGGAUUGACUGUCAGAAUGAGGAACCUGUGUUCUCGAAAGAUGGAGCUACGUUCUUUAUUACUUUACCCAUAAAGCAUGGCAGCCAGGGGUCUUUCCGCCACCUCACCAUGAUGUCAGAGCAGCAAAGUGAUGGGGAGGUCAGUGUACGACACCUGACAUCUGGCAACUGGGAGGUCACUGAGAUACUAGCAUAUGAUGAGAGCCUGAAUGCAGUGUAUUAUAUCAGCACAGAGGAUGGAGUCUCACAAAGACACCUGUACAGGGUGAGGACAGUGGAUCUGCUUCAUCGCGAGUGUUUGACCUGUUCCCUGUUCAAAACUCACUGCUCAUAUUAUGAUGCAAUGCUGAGCCCGGAUUUACAAUCAGUACUGCUGCACUGUGCAGGGCCUGGUAUUCCCAAAACUACUGUGCACCAGAUUGCCAAUAUAAGCAGUUACAUGACUGUAGAUUCUGGUCUGGAGUUCAAAGACUUGCUCAGACAGAAAAACAUCCCCCACAGAGAAAUCAGAAUCAUAUCCUCCAAUAACCAUGCACUGCGACUGGAGCUCAGCUUCCCUGUGGAUUUUGAUGAGAAUAAUCAGCAUCCUCUGCUUUUCAUACUUGACAGUGCCCCUGGUGGUCAGCAGGUGAGUGAACAAUUCCAUCUGGACUGGGACUCUGUACUGGUGAGCUCAGACAAUGUGAUUGUGGCUCGUCUGGACGGCAGAGGCAGCCGCUUCCAGGGACAAAAGAUUCUACAGGAAGUGCACAAGGGUCUAGGUGUGGUGGAUCUCCAGGAUCAACUCGCUGCUCUAGAGUAUCUGCUGAAGCAGUCCUACAUUGAUGGGAGAAGGGUUGGUGUUUUUGGCAAGGCAUACGGUGGCUUCCUAAGCUCCCUUCUCCUCCUGUCUCACAACUCCCCAUUCCACUGUGGUGUUGCCAUGGCACCCGUCUCUGACUGGAGACUCUAUGCCUCAGCAUUUACAGAGCGAUAUUUUGGGUUCCCAGCCAAGGAGGAACACAAGUAUCAGAUCUCUAGCCUGCUGUCUAACAUCAGCAACUCUGAGAAGCAGAAGAUUCUGAUCCUUCAUGGGACAGCUGAUGCUUCUGUUCACUUUCAACACACAGCAGAGCUGGUGAAGCUGUUAUCUAUGCAUAAUGUCAACUAUACAUUACAGAUUUUUCCUGAUGAGGGCCAUGACAUCAGCAGCACACACUACAUGCUGAGUUCUGUCAUCAGCUUCUUCCGAGGGUGCUUCCAUGAAAACACUGCUGUCACCAUGGAAACCGGGGAGGAGGACUAGCAUCUGUGGCUUAUGUGAUCUCAGCUGGACUCAGAUGGGAUUUAAGGACAAGAUGGCUGCCAUAACAAGCAUCCUUGACAUGGGUGACUUUAUUCUAAUCCCUCUGGUCCCACUCCUACCUGCCAGAGGCACAGAAGGCUUUCUUAUCUGGUGUAGCAGUGGAGCAGCGACACUGAGUCACACAGUUUGAGAUUUUGCAAGAUCACUUGUGCUGUGUCAGUAGAGACAGCACUGGUAUGAAUGACUAAGUUUACAAUACCCAUAGAUACUAUGAAGCUUACAAAUCAACCAAAUGAUUAUUUAGUAAAGUGCUACUUUUUGUUCACUUCAUGAAAGUUAAAUAUACUAUAAUAAAACUAGACCAAUGAUAGAUUUUAAAAAAUCGGCGCAUUAAAGGAUAUUUGGAUAAAGCAUACUUGAACCCCCAUUCAGGUUAAGAUAAUAAAAAUAAUGGGCAUUUUUCCCAUUAUUUUUUCCUAUUAUAUUUUCUGUUAAGCAUUAUUCACAAAAUAAUGAAAUUUUGCUUAGAGAUUUUGGAUAAAAUUCAUCUGUGGAUUAUUGAUCAAGUGUUUUUUUAGGUAUUUUUAUUAUUUUUUAAGAAUAGAUUUUAAGAUUUAUUUCUGGGAUGCUCUGUAAGAUGUAAGGUUGUAUGAACUCUAUAUUACAGUUUAUUUAGAAUUGAGUCUACUGUAUAACCAUCAAGGUACCUCAGUCCUGUGGACAUGUUCACCAUUACCUUUCAUGAACGUUUAGUAUGAAGUAAAUGUUUGUUUCCCUGCAUCAUUUUGUGUGAAUUUUAGUGUGUAUACAUUCCUGUGGCAAAUUGAAGACUUUAUAUAUCACUCAUAAGCCAAAUGUCAAGUAAAUGUCAUGUAAUUAAAGGAUCUGUAGAAUAUGUAACUGUAUUUGCCCUGCUAAUUGCUACAUUCAUUUAAUUCAUAUUAACAGUCCAUGUAUAACUAAAAAUUUCAUCAGAUUAGAAAUUUCAUGUGUUCUAUGUUUGCAAUAAGACAAGGUAUAUACUUUAAAUUCUUAUUAUGAGUCCUUUGUGUAUCCAAUUAUCCAGUAGAUUUCCAGUAAUAUAUCUCUAAAAAUUAUCCAAUAAUGAAGGGCUCCUUAAUAGAGCAAAUGAAAAUCAUUCAUCUGUGAACUCAUGUGAAGGAGGGCAAAUAGCUUUCGCCCAAGUGUGUAAAGCUUACGUGGCAUGUGCGACAGUUUAAAGACAACGUUGUUGGGUGGCUUCACAUGUCGCAGAGAAAGUAUGUACAGUAAUAGCCCUCACCUUCCCUAGUUGGUGGCUGUAGUGUGAUUCGAGAAAGCUGGCUGGUGAGCAGGAACUAGCCUAGACUAAAUUAGGGAGAAAAAUUUGUAGAUUGUGAAUCAAAGAUUAUCAGUUAUUUCUUGCUGUAUCUGUAUAUAGUAUGUGUGUGAUUACCAGAAAAUUGACUAUGUUUCUUUGCACACAUGUUCAAAAUUAUCACUGACAUGUAUUUGUAAAGUCAUUCAGUCUUUAAGGACUUUAACAGAGUGAUGAAUUUGUGGUUUCCCCUGUAGUUUAGUUUUAUGCAAUGCAGCAAACCAUCAGGAAAGCAGCAGUUGGUAAGUAAAACUAAAUCCGGACAGCUUUGCUAAGACAUUCUGACCUGUCUGUCUUCUAAUACCUUUAUUAUUAGAAUAGUUGUUAUAAAGUCGUAUUCCCUCUCCUCAGUUUAAAUGUUUAUUGUUGAAAUUCACCAACUUUCAUACUAAUUAGAAGUGAAUAGCCAGUCAGUGGAUUGUAAAUGGUUCGUCUAUAAGAUUAAGCUGUUCAAUAUACACAAAAUAUUUAAAUAAUUGCAAUUAUGUAGUACAACAUUGUGUUAAACACUAAUCAUUGCAUUGAUGUUUAUUGUAAGGAGAAUUAAUAUAAUGUAGUGGAAUAUAAUACUUGUAAUAUUUAAAAAUAAGUCAUUGAUACCAAUGUUUGUGGUUAUGAAAUGUAAUUGGUUAAUCAAAGUUUAAGGGUGAUUAUAUUAUAGUAAAUUGCUAAAGCCAUAAAUGUGGGAAAAGGGCAUGUUCUGUAGCCAGCCCAGCAAAAAAGAUGUGCAUAAAGUAUGUAAAUAAAUAGUUAAAUAUUUGUUAAAUAAUCUCAGGCAUACAUGGUUUCUUUCUCUGUUUGUUGUCCUGGUUCACUUUCACCACCAUUCUGUAUAAAUAAAUGUAACAGAUGUUGAUUAUCAUGGUGCCAAAUGUAUAAUAUCACUGAGUCAGAGUCAGUUUGGAUGAGCUGUUUAUUUAUAGUCAUUACUCGAGGACAGAAAGGCCCAAUCCUCCAACCUCUCUUCCUUCUCAUUGCCCUGAUCCCAACC